AUGGAUUUUGAAUGGGGUAUGUGGGGAGAGGUUUUAUUUUUGUAUAGGAUGAAUUUGGAAAUUCACACUGUGAAUUGAAGACAUUUAAUGAUUAUCCUAAUACUAGCGAGCUGAUGUCUUGCUAAAAUUGGACCAAUAAACGGAAAUUCAGAUAUGCUCAAGAUGCCAAAUCAUGAUCUUUCAGAGCAUAAUGAAACUGCAAUGCCUAAAGUAGAGAUCACAAUCGUUGAUCCUGACCAAGAACAUGCACAGUAUAGCACAACAAUCAAAAACACGACUAGAGACCUUCAGACCAUCUCUUUGAACACGACUACUGUGAUUGCUGGGACGGCUUUCAAGAUUAGUGUUUCAGAUACAACUGGGUACAGAUAUUAUGCAGAGAUUAAGAAUAAGUGUUCAUUUGCUGGGAAUUAUGAAUGUGUGGCUACAUCUGGAAGAGAACAAGUGGUUGAUAGUGACGUCAGUGCUGAAAUGAGCUAUGCUUCAGGAGUCUAUUCAUACACUUACACUGUAACAAGGCCUGGAGACAUUACCAUCAAUGUGAUCAGAUAUCAGAGCGGAGGAAUUUUAUAUGAAUAUUUUCCAAACCGGUUUGGAACAGGCACUAGGGAACUAACAAGUUAUGAAAAUGACAUUAAUGUAAACUAUGGAACUGGUAUUAUUUACGGAACCAGAGAAGAUUAUGCAUCUAUAAAAAUGCACUUUCGAUUUCAAGCACCUGUGACUGGGACAUACACUUUCUGGAUCGAUGUAGAUGAUGACCUUUUGUUCUACCUUGAUGGAAAUUUGAUCAUUAGCAGAGCUUGAUGAGGGACAGCAACUGCCACUGCUAGUUUGACAGCUGGACAAUUCUAUUAUGGGUAUGCAUUCUUUAUGGAGAAUACUUCUCCUGCAUAUAUGCAAAUUAAAUGGUCAUACCCAGGACAAUCAUUACAAGUGAUACCAACAUCAAACUUCUAUUAUCCUCAAUACAUUAAUUCUCCAAAGCAGGUAACCGUAGCAUGUGCAGCUGGGUACUCAAAAACGACUGUAUCAUCUAGACCAACCUGAGUAACUGUUUGUGGAGAUGGUAAGAGAGCAGGUACAGAAGAAUGUGAUGAUUCUAAUAAAAGGAGUGGAGAUGGAUGCAGUGGCUCUUGUACAGUUGAAUCAUCAUGGUAUUGCACUGGAGGGACAACUUCUUCAGCUGACUCAUGCACUUUUUGAUAUCCUGGAUACUAUCCUUCCCCUACUUCCAAUCCAACAACAUGAGCCUCGCAGUGUGGAGACAAAAUGCAAGUUGGCUCUGAAAAGUGUGAUGAUGGCAAUGCCAGCAACUCUGAUGGGUGAAAGUCAGACUGAUCUGGAGUUGAGGCUGGUUGGGUUUGCUCUAAUUCUACAUUUGAAAGUGGAGAUGUAUGAACUCAAUGCGGAAAUGGGUACGUCCAAAACGACUCGACAUAUCCUACUCAAUGUGUUACUUCAUGUGGAGACAGCAAAAGAGCAGGCUCAGAAGUUUGAGACAAUGGAAGCACAGCUGGAACUGGAGGAUGUAGUUCUGACUGAACUUCAAUUACUAGUGGAUGGGUAUGCUCAGGUGGUACUCCCACUUCUGUUGAUACAUGCACUCAGUGCAGUGCUGGAACUUAUCCAAACACAGCUAAGACUGCUUGUGUGACAAUUUGAGGAGAUGGCCUUAAAGCUGGAACUGAGAAAUGAGAUGAUGGAAACACCAACAAUGGUGAUGGUUGCUCUUCUACUUGACAAGUGGAAUCAAGCUGGGUAUGCACUGGAGGAUCAACUACAGCUAAAGAUGAAUGCACUUUCUGUACAACAGGCUGGUACCAGAAUAAUGCAGCCACUCCAACUACAUGAGUGACUCAAUGAGGUGAUGGCAUUCAGGUAGGAACAGAGAAAUGUGAUGACGGAAAUACAAAUGACUCAGAUGGAUGCAAAGGAGAUUGCUCCACAGUUGAGACUAGCUGGGUCUGUCUUUACAAUUCAGGACUUUCAAAGGAUGUUUGUACAGAAUGCACAUCUGGAUGGCACCAGAAUGAUGCAACAAAUCCUGAGUACUGUGUCACCAGAUGUGGAGAUGGCCUUGAGGCAGGAACAGAAAAAUGAGAUGAUAAUAACACAAAUGACUCUGAUGGAUGAAAAUCUGAUUGCUCGAGUGUAGAAGCAGGAUGGGUGUGUAUUGGAGGCUCUACAACAACAAAAGAUGUAUGUCAGCAAUGCCAACCAGGAUUUUAUCAGAAUAAUGCAGCUAAUCCAGAAACUUGUGUGACAAUUUGAGGGGAUGGAUUUGAAGCAGGUACUGAGAAAUGAGACGAUGGAAACACUCAAAGUGGAGACGGUUGAGCAUCAGAUUGAUCCCAAGUAGAAACCAAUUGGGCUUGUAGAUAUGGAUCUCCCACAUCUAGAGAUUAUUGAUUCAACUGUCCAGCAGGGUAUUAUCAAGACAGCACCUCAAACCCUGAAUAUUGUGUGACUAGUUGAGGUGAUGGGCUUAGAGCUGGAAACGAGAAAUGUGAUGAUGGUAAUACACAGAAUGGAGAUGGUUGUUCUUCAUCUUGUACCAUAGAGCAUGGCUAUAAAUGCUAUAAUGGAACACAAAACUCCAAAGAUAUUUGCCAUGAUUGCCCUCUCAGCUAUAUUCCAAAUGAAAAUAGUAGAGAUUGAACUCCAAGAAAACUCUCUGACAAUCUCAAUUACUUUGGUUUUGCUUACUUACUAGUAAUGAGUAUUGGCAUAAUUGCUAAUUUAUUAUCUUUUUGGCAAUGUAAAACUCCAUCAUACAAUACUCUUGGAGUUGUUUAUUACACUCAAAUUCUAAUGCUUUUGCCUUUAAUGAACAUUGAUGUGGGAGAAGAUGUGAUUGACUUUUUCAGGUAUACCAAGGACCUACUAUUCUCCUUCAACUUUAUUCCGAACAAUUUAGUGUUUAUAUCUCAUGAUGACAUCUUUGAUAAAUUUCAUUAUAAGCAAGAAAACUGGUAUCUGUACUUGCUUGGGUUUAAGUCAGGAAGCUCAAUCUCAAACGCGACUGAUUUUAUAUUUGUUAUGUUCCUCAUCUUAAUGAUUGCCAUUAUUGUCAUAUUCCUAUAUUUAUGUGGAAAAGAUCAAGAGCCAGACAGCGAUAGGUUUCAGUUUUUUAGAGAGUGAAAGAAUUUAUUCUUAUGAGGAAUCUGGCUUCAAAUAAUCUGUACUUCUUAUAUUUUCCUUCUAAUGAUCAGUGUUGAAGAAGUGCAAACUAUUUCAAGUUUGAAUGAUAACAGGACUUCGUUUAUAUUCGCUUCUUGUUCGAUUUUGGCCUGAGUCUUAUUGCUUAUAUUCUCCAUUUAUAAAUGGUGGGAAUGCAGACUUUUAGAAAGCUUAAAUGAUUUAUGGUACACAAAGAUACUGUUUAUUGGGACAAAAGAUUAUGCUCCAGCUAGAUUUUUCAUAAUUGUUUGGCUGUCUCGAAGACUUUUGUUCACCUCAUUGGCUUUAUCAACCUAUGAAUUUGAUAAGAAUAUAUUAUUUGGAAUUCUUAUUAUCAUUCAGUUAGCCUACCUCAGCUAUGUCGCUGGGGUAAGACCAUUUAAAGUAUUUUCAGAUAACUUUGGAGAAAUAUUCAACGAAGUCUUCAUUCUUAUAUGUUUCAUUUUCUGAGCAUUGAUAAACAAGGAAGAGCAAUGGGAUAGAGACUAUAACAGGAUUCUCUUGAUAGUUAUCCUGAUUCCAAAUAUUCUAUUCACCUCUGCGUCGAUAAUUUGACUCAAGAUCAGAUCUAAUAAUAGGACCAAAGUCAUCAUUUUGAACAAUAAAUCCUUAAAAAGAACAACCACAAUUCUGAAAGUAACAAGCACCUCUUAUGACACAAAUACCACAAUGAAUAAAUCAUUUGGAAGGCUGAAUUCUUCAAAAUUCAUGAACCAAAUUAGGAACAACUCUAAGUAAAUUCCCUCUAACCCCCAGAUCUAUCCCUGAAGAACAAAAAGAACCCCCUGUCAACAACAUUUUCGGGAAAAUGGCAACCAUCAGAGAGCACCAAGAAGCCCCUGAAGAGAACAUUGCUCAGUCUGCUUCCAACCCACACCCUAAUCCUCCUCCCCUCCCCUCUCUCAUCACCUCUGCUUUGCACACAAGGAACCAGAACAAGCCAAUGGCUAGAAAUUACGAAGCGAUGGGUGCAGACCAAGAUAAGAUUGAAGUACAGGAGAAGAGUAUGAAAGAGCUAUUUAAAAUCAAAUUUGGGCAUUUCUAUUAAUUGUAUCAAGGAGGUUCAAUGA